AUGGCUCCUCAAUCCAGUACCGCUGGUGAUCACCAUGUGGAACAUGAGGAACUUAGCGGCGUAAAAAGCGCCCUUUUCAUUAAAAACUCCACAUGCACAAAUGUGCUAUCAACUUUGCUUGGCCAUUUAAGCCUGCUAAAGAAGCCCUUCUCCGCCGUUCUGAAAGCAAACAAAACCUUAUUUCCUUUUGAGGAUCAAAGUCAGCUCGAAAGCCUACUACAGUCCAAGAGGACACCGCUAUUUGGGCUUGCAUCACACUCAAAAAAACGGCCGUUAUCGCUUAUCCUUGGUCGCCUCUUUAGCAAUUCUGUUUUGGACAUGAUUGAGUUGGUUAUUUGUCCGACCUCGAUAAGCCCCAUUGUUGGGUCGUGGAAUGCGGGAUCAAGGCCGCUUUUAAUCUUUCAAGGAAUUAGAUGGGAAUCCGGAGAUGCAGCGCUAUCAAAGCUGAAAAAUCUUCUUGUCGACUUUUGGUCUGGUGCUGAAGGCGAGAAAUCGGUCAUUUCGCUCCAAGGCAUCCAGCAUGCCAUUGUUCUAACUGCAGACGAUACACACCCGACAAUAUCGUGGAACGUUCUCGUGCAAGGCCCCGGAAACGCCAUCAAAGACUCGGAAUUCUCAUUCAAAUUUACGAUUGGAAGAACGCACUUUGCUCCAGAGGAAGUGCAAAAAAAGGCCAUUGAAAAGCGGAUUUCCACAAAGCUGCCUAAAAAGGAGAAGAAUGUACACGUUGACCCAACACUGGGAGAUAAAUUUGGAACGGUCCACGUGCCGCGUCAAGACUUUUCUUCGCUGCAGGUUUAUCCUCAGAGUCAAAAGGCUCGGCGGAAUUUGGAAAAAGAUGCAAGCUAUCCCCACUCAACGCCAGACACACAGGGGGGCCAUUCAGAGACAAAAACAGAUAGCCCGGUCGGUACUUGCGGCCAGCCCAUCGAUGUUCCAAUUGGAACAUCGAAUGGAGGUUCAUACGAAAGAUUUGUUGGUGUGUGUUCCAUGCUAUUACUGGGAACAAUUGACCCGUCUUUUGCAAUCGCCAUCAUCCCGUCCUUGGUUCCUUUUCCACACAAAGACAUUUACUUCCGUAUCUUCUGCUUUGUUUUAUUUGCCAUAAUAUCGCUGCGUACUCCUCUUCCCACGCUUCCGGCACCAGGAUCAUCGUUCUGGUAUUUGGAGAUGCAGGUCUUACCUUCUUUUUUGCAGUUUUUUACAUUUUCCCUUAUUCUUUGCACAGUAAUACCAGUGGGUCUGAUGAUGCUUCUCCCCAUUUCACCUGCUCUCCACUUUGCAACCGUAAGCUUGUUGAUACAUUCCGGAUAUUCGUCUCUGGGUGAUGUUUUUUGGAGCGCCAUAAUUGUGCCGCUACUUCUUCUUGAGCGAAUCCCACACUCUUUAAUCCUUCUCACAAUAAUGACGAUGGUUGCAAUCCCACCUCUUGCCAACGGCUGGCUUUUAGACGAGGUUCUAUCGGCCAAUCCGUACUUUGCAUCGACACUUAUCCUUUCCUCUAUCCGGUUUGUUCUUGCUCCAUAUCUGAUCCGGAGAGAGCUUUCAUAG